AUGGACCCGACCAUUUCCACCUCGGUCGCUGAUGUUGUCAAGACUGGUGGCAGCACCCCGGCUGCGAGUGACCGGUGUCCGGACUUAUUCGGGCUUUUUCUCAUCGUCCAAACCACCGGGCGGGCUGGUCAAGCCUGGGCAGCAACAGACGACGAGCGUGGUGAAGCGCACGAAUUCACCGACAGAGAUGACUCAGCAACCACCGAGUCCUGCAGCAGAGCCACCGUCUCUCCCGUCCCCUACCCGAUCCCCACGAUGCACCCCUCGCCUGUGCUCGCGACCAUGCAUCUUCACUCGUUCUUUGCCCUCGAUCGGCCCAUGCUCUUGCUCUCUCAGUCCACCUCCAGGCUCUUCACCACUGAUCCACCCAAACGCCAGACAGAGGACUCGUCCGAGACUGACUCGGAUGCCGAUGCUGCAAGGAGCCUAUCACAUGCCCUCGUCAUGAGCCGAGUCCAGGGCGCGGCCGUCUGGGCAGAUACCCUCGCCCGUCUCGGUGUCCCUGCUGAUCCCACAGAGCAGAUCCAGGAUGUGGUCUCUAUGGACAGCGUCAAGCGCAAGAGGAGAAAAAAGAUCACAAAGCACAAAUACAAGAAGAGGAGAAAGUUGCAACGCUCUGAACGAAGGAGGCUGGGCAAAUAA